AUGUCUUUUCCCUCAGUGGCUAUUUUGACUGCCAAAAUCCGAAACUUCCAGGAGCAUUUGCAAAAACACAACAAGGACAAAUCUAACAAGAGGCGGAUGCUCAUGGAUAUUGAUCGGAGGAAAAAGCUAUUGAAAAACCUGAGGUUGGUUAACUACGAUGCUUUUGAGAAGGUGUGCGAGCAGCUGGGCAUCACCUACAGUUUCCCCCCCGAGUACUACAGGAGGGUCACUCACCGCUGGCUGGCUAAGAAGGCCCUCUGCAUUAAGGUCUUCCAGGAAGUGCAGAAGCAGAAAGCGAAGCAGAGGCUGAUGAUGCAGAGUUUAGCCCCCGCAGACCCCAAGGCAGCCAAGACUGCAUCUGUUUAGACCCCAUAAACAAAAAUGUUCUGUAUAAUACAAAUGAUUCUAAAUGCUUGUUAACCAACAAAGUUACAUUAACACCAUCUGAUGUAAAGCAUUUGGAUUGGAAGUCCUUUUUCAUGUAUCACUGUCAUACAAUAUGUUUUCCUUUAAUUGCUUUCAUGUUGAUGUCAGAAUACAAUGGAAAUAAAAUGUCCCAGAAAUGUG